GUUUCUUCAUCACUUGGGGACCUUAUCUGCGACUGUUAGUAACAACAUACUCUCCCUGGGUCCAAAUAGACCUUUUGAACGCACCUGUGUACGAUCUUCUCGGUAGCCGACUAAUCAAUGGACCGUACAGUACCCUGAAAAGCCUACGCCACCUCGGAAGGGAACGAAAGAUUACAAGUCGACAGUGGAAGUCAGAUAUGGGCACAGAUUGCGCCGGCUUUUACCGCCCCUGCUUGACCAUACCAGCCAGACCUUCCAAGUUGAUAACGGGUUAAACCAAGACAGAAGACAUGCAGCCAAAAAGGAGGGUCUGCCAUAUAUGAGGAAACAUGCUUCGCUGGAUCUGUGCACCAACAUUCCUUAUACCUGUCACGACACCGUUGGAAGGGACAUCUUGUGCGAUCAACACGGAUGAGAGAGUUGUCUCCAUAUCGCCAGAUGGAAUGAAAUGCCCCAGCAUUGGCCUUGCACCUCUUCCCCCUGGUCCCUCAAAUUCUCGCAUCGUCCUGCUCGUGAUGACGAUAUAUGCAACGGAGACAUCUUCAAGUUGGCAUUGGGAUGAGACAGGCAGCCUUGCAGCUUGCCGACCCGACCCGACGACUCAGCUUGCUCUUGAAUACAUUUUAUUCGUCCUUGAUGUCAUUAAGGUAAAGCCAUAUCGAAGAGCCGUCCCGAUCGAUGCAUCUUGGGUCUUCAGCAGCCUUCUUCCACACCUCAAUCGCGGCCUCUGCCAUUGUAGGCGCAAUGCCAACGCGCUUCGCUGCCUCGACCCCUAGGCCGAUGUCCUUCACCAUCAUUUGCGUCUUGAAUCCCA